AUGAGUGUGACGUCGUUGGAGGACGUGGUGGUUUUGCUGGAGGAGUUGACGUCGAAGUUGAUAUUUUUUGGGAACCACACGUUGGACAGUGUCCUGAAUGAGUUUUGGCACGACUUCUCGUGUGCCAUUCAGAUGCAACCUGACAUAUUUAUCCACAAGGACAAGAUUUUGGCAAAACGGAGUCUGGCUGCCUUGUUUACAAGUAAAGUAUACUUGCACGUCGACUCAUUGCCGAAUUCCCUGCGAUACGCCUUAGCUGCCAGCGAUAUGAUCAAUAUGGAAGCUUGUGAUGAAUACACACAGAAAAUAAUCGCCAAGUGCCUGGACCACUACGCAAAAGUCUGUAUGAAAAGUGCUGAAUACACAGCUCCACUGCUGUCCAUGGAUGUGCGUUUGGAAGACGUUGUCAGUUGUAUUUUUCGAAAGUGUUUAGACGACAAACAUUACAAACUUGGAUUGAAAUUGGCAUUGCGAACGAAGCGUAUGGAUAUGUUCAACAAAUGUAUCAAAUCAGGAGACAACAUUAAUGAAAUGUUAUCUUACGCUAAGCAGGUGACAAUGUGCACUUUUGAAAAUCGUAGUUUUCGUACUACAGUGCUACUAAGUCUUGCCAAUCUUUAUCGAAAACAAAAUGACUUUAUAAGUUUAAGCCAAUGUUUCGUGUCUUUAAAUGACCCAAAAUCAGUAGCUCAACUUCUUAAAAAUCUUAUUAAAAAAAGUGAUAAAAAAUGUUGCUUAAUGGCAUAUCAGAUAGCAAUAGAUUUAUUUGAAUUGGCAUCUCAACGGUUUUUGUUCAGUGUUCUUAAAUCUUUAUGGCAAAAAGUUCCUUCUAGUACUCGUACUACUAAAACUAUAACUGUUGUGUCAAGUAAAGUUACUGCAAUUGAACAUAAUACUAAGGUACACUCUAUUGAAUCUGUUGGGCCUAUUGAUAAAUACCACCAAGAAAUGAUACAAAAGCUUACCAAAGUGUUAAGUGGAAAAUUGAGUAUAGAGAAAAAUUUACAGUUUUUAACUAGAAAUAAUCACACAAACAUGUAUAUUUUAAAUCACACAAGAGAUUCAGCUUACACAAAUAUCUGUUACACGGCUACUAUGAUCUCUAAUGGUUUUAUAAAUAGUGGUACAACAAGUGAUCAUUUUUUAAGGUAUAAUCUGGAAUUAGCCAACUGGACCACUUGGGAAAUAUUUUCUGCUAUGGUUUCACUUGGUGUUAUUCAUAGAGGCAAUGAAACAGAUGCUCUUGAAUUAAUACACAGCUACUUGUGUCUCAAGAAAAAUAAUUCAUCAGAAAGUUUAUGUUAUAGUAAAGGCGGUGGUCUAUAUGCUUUAGGUUUAAUCUUUGCCAAUCAUGGUACAGCUAUUAAUGAUUAUCUUCUCAAACAACUCAAAGAUGCACAAAAUAAAAUUGUGAAACACGGAUGUUGCUUAGGGAUUGGCCUAUCUGCUAUGGGUACAUGUCGUAAAGAUAUUUUUGAUCAACUGAAAAUCAAUAUGUAUCAAAACAACUAUGUGUUUGGUGAAGCUGUCGGGUUAGCUAUGGGCUUGGUUAUGUUGGGAACAAAAAAUGACGAAGCUCUUCAAGACAUGGUAGCAUUUGCUCAGGUAACACAGAAUGAACAAAUAUUGAGAGGUUUAGCUGUUGGAAUAUCAUUUUUCAUGUAUGACCGACUGCAAGAAGCUGACCAAUUAAUUACUUCUUUGCUACAAGAUAAAAAUCCUAUAUUGCGUUGUGCUGCUAUGUACACAAUAUCCAUGGCAUACUGUGGAACUGGAAGCGAAACUGCAAUUACAAAAUUGUUGCAUAUUUCAAAUUCUGAUGUUAGUGAUGAUGUACGUUCCGCAGCUGUUACAAGUUUAGGAUUUUUAUUGUUCAGGACACCUGGGCUUUGUCUUCAAAUUGUCAGCAAACUCACAAAGAGUUAUAACCCUUACAUUAGAUAUGGUGCAGCUAUGGCACUUGGUAUUGCUUGUGCUGGUACUGGACAUGUAGAGGCCAUUAAUUUAUUAGUACCAUUGAUUAAUGAUUUGGUAAAUUUUGUGCGUCAAGGAGCACUAAUUGCUUCUUCUAUGAUUUGUAUUCACCACACAGAGAGCACAUGUUCCGAAGGCAAAUAUUUCCGUUCUCUAUAUGCUAAAGUGAUCAGUGAUGAGCAUGGAGACGAUGUGGUUAAAUUUGGAGCUAUUUUAGCUCAGGGUAUUAUCGAUGGUGGUGGUCGUAAUGUUUCAAUUUUAUUGGAAUCAAAAAUUGGACACACUAAUAUUUUAACAAUUGUGGGUCUAAUGUUGUUCACACAAUAUCAGUACUGUAUAUGUCUAGCCCAUUGCUUAACUCUAGCUUUCACACCCACUUGUGCCAUUAUACUGAAUACACAACUCAAUAUUCCAGUCUUAGAGUUAAAAAGCAGAAAACGAAUCAAUCAUACAAUACAUUACAAUUCAUUACCUCAAGAACUUGCUGAAAAAAGAGGAUGGAUCCAGUACUUAUUUAAUCAAAGCUUUAAGACAAAGUCUAUUAAACGCCGUAGAAAACACUCAAAACUUGAUUAUUUUGAUUACAGUGUUCUGAUUCCUAAAACUGUACAAGAUAUAGAAGAUAUCAAAUUGAAUUGGUCAACUGGGCAUUUUUUAUUACAAAGGAUAAAUUGUUAUUCUGAAAAAUACAAAGGUAUAAACUGUUUACAGUAUGAUGACAGUAAAAUUGUUGCAGGCUUAUGUGAUAAUACUAUAAAAAUAUGGGAUAAACAAACAUUAAAAUGUAUAAAGGUAUUAUAUGGCCAUACAGGGUCUGUUCUAUGUUUGCAAUAUGACGAUAAAGUGAUAGUGAGCAGUUCCAGUGAUAGUACAAUUCGUGUAUGGGACAUCCAUACUGGCGAAAUGAUGAACACUAUGAUUCACCAUACUGAAGCGGUCUUGCAUUUAAGUUUUAGGAAUAAUAUGAUAGUCACUUGUUCAAAAGACCGUUUAAUAGCUGUAUGGGAUAUGUGGUCACCCUUUAAAAUUACUUUGCGUUGUGUUCUGUAUGGUCACCAAGCAGAAGUAAAUGUAGUAAAUUUUGAUGAUAUUUACAUUGUAUCAGCUUCAGAAGAUUGUAGUAUUAAAGUAUGGAAUACAUCAAGCUGUGAUUAUGUGCGCACUCUUAUUGGUCACACAUCCGGUGUUAUCUGCCUUCAAUAUAAAGAACGAUUAAUUGUUAGUGGAAGUUCUGAUAAAACUAUAAGAUUAUGGGAUAUUGAAUAUGGUAUUUGUUUAAGAAUACUGGACGACUACGAUGAAUUGGUGCUAUGCAUUAGAUUCAAUAGUAAAAUAAUUGUCAGUGGAGCAUAUGAUGGGAAAAUUAAAGUAUGGAAUUUAGAAGCAGCAUUAGAUCCCAGAGUUCCAGUAUCUAGUCUAUGCCUACGUUCACUUAAGAUGCACACAGAUGCAGUGUAUGAUCUAAAAUUUGAUGACUUCCAAGUUGUCAGUUGCUCAAGAGAUGGCACUAUACUAAUUUGGGAUUUUCUCAAUUAUAAUGACACAAAUUACAUGGAAGCAAGUUCUUCAAACUACAUAUGUGUGCAUAAUGGUUCUGAAGUACUUGCUACAAACACCCCUCCUUCCCGUUUUCAGUGA